AUGGCUCAAAGUGUAUGGUAUCGAGUUAAAGGACAAUUGGCGAAUGUGUGUCUGACCCGAGUGCUUUUAUGUGCCCUGACUGUCAUCAUAUUUCUUCCAUUGGUACACUUAAUCUUCCGCUACCUUGCACCCACUCGUCCAGGUCCUGUUGUGGGAGUACGUUUGGGCAAAUACAGAGAGGGCUCUACAGCUGUGGCUUACCCUGCGCUCGCGCCAAUCUUCUCAGCUACAACCCGUGCAGCCGUGGCUAGUCUACAGGCCUGCCUGGACGCCAUCUACCACCAGCCCCACGAGAAGGAAAGCGCAGUGCUGUUCGACCGUGUGGCCGCUCGUCUAAGUGUCUACGACGCAGUUACCAAAACUGGCAACUGGUGCGAUUUCACCGUACGAGAGUCGCGUCUUGGCGAUUGUCUUAUGGAAGUGCGAAUCCAACGUGGCAAUCUCAUCGAUGGGGAUAUUGCGGAUCUGGAGUUUAUUCUGAAGCAGUGGUUCCAGCCAGGGGGGCCUGGUGGCUCGGUGGGCGUUACUUCUUUUCACUUGGUCGUACUUACCGGUGAUUCCCAACUCAUUGGCCCACUCACUGAGCGUUGUGUGUUUGGCAAAGACACAAUCACGGAGCUGUGCUGUGGCCUUAAAUUUGUGAUUGCAAAGGAUGCAUUUUUCCAAGUAAACACCCUCGCUACAGAGAAGUUGUAUGAAGAAGUGCGAAGGCGCUGCAAAGCCAUCCUAAAGGGGGAGGACAAGCCAGUGCACAGCGCCAUCCUGCUGGAUAUCUGCUGCGGCACCGGAACUAUCGGUUUGUGCCUGGCAGACUGCUUCGAAAAGGUAAUUGGAAUCGAGUUAAUUCCUUCAGCUGUCGAAAAUGCAAAAAUGAAUGCGAAGCUAAACGACAUCACAAAUGCACAAUUCUACGCUGGGAAGGCUGAACUAGUGUUAAAGGAUCUCAUGCGAGACCUACCGGAAGACAAAGAGAUAAUAGCUGUUCUGGAUCCGCCGAGGGCUGGUGUCAACCUUGGGGUUAUCGAGGCUAUUCGUCGUUGUGAGCGUGUUCAGCAUUUGAUAUUUGUGGCCUGUGACUUAUCAAGGGCUGUAGCCAAUUUUGAGGCGUUUGCUCGUCCCCCCUCGAGGAAAUACGUUGGUGCACCAUUUUUUCCGACGGUGGCAAGUUGCAUAGACCUCUUUCCGCAUACACCUGGCAUUGAAAUUGUCUUAUCACUAAAGCGCCUUCCUUCUUCAGAUUACUAUCUCACGAGAAGUACAGGAUACCGUCUCAAAUAUUCCAGCGAUGGAUGGCUGUUUCGGCGACUUGAACUGCCGCGAGAGAACAGGAUGACGUUCGGUUCCCUGCUACUGUGGUUGUUCUCAACAAGGCUGAUCACGACCUUCGAGAGGGACCCAGCCAUCGAAGGGUGA